CACAAAACAGCAAUGUACUCAGCGCCACAAGCUAUGGCGUGCAUCCGCUCAGGGCAAGGUCUGGCAACUGCGCAAAUUCCCACUGGGUCGCAGUUCUACGUGCAACAGCCUAGGCAAGGCACAUUCGCAGAGCAGCGAUACGCUGUGCCGGCCGCACCACCUGCCCCCACCUACAUCAUGCCUGCAGCGGGCGUGGCGAUUUACUCCGCCAGUGCUCCUCAGGUAAGAACGAUAUCUGCUGCUGAUGAGGCCGCUCAAGCAGCUGAGAGGAUUCUGCCAACCAUGGACGACCAUGCCUUCGUCACCAACAAAAUCAAGCAGAAAGACAUGGUUUUCUUCAGCAAGACCUGCCCGUUCGUCCAGGACAUGGUUUUCUUCAGCAAGACCUGCCCGUUCGUCCAGGCAAAACAAAUUCUGGAGUCCUUGCGGCCGCCUGUCAUGGACGUCGAGUUGGUCCGGCACGCAAGCGGAGUUGGAUCUCAUGGGACAGCCGCGUCAUGGGCCAACCCAGCAGGUCUUGCGCAUGCGCUACGGCUCCUCCACGGUGCCGCAGGCCUUCGUGAACGGAAGCUUCAUCGGCGGUUGCCAGGAAAUCUCCAACCUGCACCAAAGAGGAGAACUUAUGCCGCUACUCCAAAGACUCGGCUGCAGAUUUCAGUGAAUCUGCUCAGACUGGAAAAGUAAUGCAU